AUGGAUUCCAAAGUAGUUGAACAAGCUUCAAUUACAGAUGAAAUAUUUCAAGCUUCAAUUAAAGAUGAAAUAUUUCAAGCUUCUUUGAAGAAGAAGUGGGUACAAUUUCAGCACCUGUACACCAACUACCAGUUUCUCCAUAAAUAUAGAUUCAAUAGAUUUGAAGAUACUGCUCUUCACAUAGCUAUCUCUUCUUACCAUCCAGAUCGAGAUGACCCUAAACAUCAACCUCAUCUUACUUGUAUUAAGGCCAUGAUUGCUAACAUACCAGAGGAAAAUCGAUCUUUAAUCUUAAAACAGCAGGAUUACAGAGGGAACACACCUCUUCACCUUGCAGCAGCACUCGGAUUUGUCCCGAUUAUUGAGUGUUUGGUAAAACCAGAAGACCCUGCUCUCAUCUGGGUGACCAAUUCAAAAGGGGAAACCCCCUUAUUCGUAACUGCUUAUCGUGGUAAGCUACAAGCUUUUCUCUACCUACAUAAGUGUGUUCAAUAUGAAAACGGAGAAGGUCCAACUGAACUUUGUAGAAGGAAUGAUGGGGAAAACAUUCUACAUGCCGCCAUCUUUGGCGAGUUCUUUGAUGUGGCUUUUCAGAUAAUACAUUACUAUCCGCUACUUGUCAACUAUUACAACACAGUGGGCGUGUCUCCUCUACACAUCCUUUCCGGGAUGCCUCAAGUAUUCAGACGGGGCCGUUUUCGGUUAUUACAUAGCAUUAUACACUUCUGCAUAAAUAUCGAUGAGCUAGAGCUAAUGACAUAUAAACCUGGAGACUCCAAAUCUAAAUUCCCUUGGAAUCUCCCAGGGAACUACCAAACAGUGGUGGAGUUCUUGGAACUACUUCAGUAUGGGACUCGGAAAAUUCUUGAUUAUAUUAAAGAAAUAUAUUUUGGGAAUCGAAAAGACAAGUCUGAAGAUACUGCUCAAGCAACUAAUGUGAAUCCAGAGGAGUCUCCAGACCAUCAAAGUUAUUGUCAAAGUGAUCCAGAGAAUCCGCCAAUUAAAGAUACUACUAACGUGAAUCAAGACAAGAUGUCUCAAGCUGAAGGGAAGAGAAAUGGCAAGUGGUUUCCAGCCAAUUAUACCAUCUUUAUCGAGUUUCUCAAAUGUGUAAUGAAGAUUGUACUAUUUGUAUUGGCUAUUGGACUCCCAAGGAUUAAAAAAACCGAGGAAAGGAAAAGGCAACAUGCACGGGGAGUUCAAAUUAUGAAGUUGUUGAUUAAGAAAGAUGAACGUUACAAAUUCUACGAAAGAACUGGGGAAGAGCCAAAAGAUUGGGGCUUCCAUUUCCAUAAUGUUUUUCGAGACCUCUCACCUCCUACAAAACCUCCCCUAAUAGUUGAGGAUGAUAACAAAAAGGACGAAGACCAGAGUAAGACUGCAGCGACAGAGCUGUCCAAGGAGACACCCUUAUUAGUGGCAUCAAGGAUGGGUAUUGUAGAGAUGGUAAAGAAUAUUAUUAUGAAUUUCCCAAUAUCCAUUCAAGAUACUGACUCUGAAGGGAAGAACGCACUGCUUUUGGCCGCAGAGCAUAGGCAAGCAGACGUCUAUAAUUGUUUAAUACGAGCAAAGUUUCCAGAGUGCGUGUUUUAUCAGGUGGAUAAAAAUGGAAACAAUGCAGUGCACUUAGCUGCAAAGUUUCAGAAGGUCGAGGUGUGGGGCCUCCCUGGUAGUGCUCUACAGUUGCAAGGCGAAAGGAAAUGGUACAAGUAUGUCAAGCAGACUUUGCCACCACAAUUAUAUGUUAACCAUAAAGGCCGGACACCAAGAGAGAUCUUCAUAGAGACGCAUGCAGAUUUACGCAAAGAUGGCAGGGAAUGGCUCCUCAAAACCGCCAAAUCAUACUCUGUCGUUGCCACACUGUUUACUACAGUUGCAUUUGCUACAGCUGCCACAAUCCCAGGCGGGCCCGAUGAGUUUGGCCAUCCACGCUUUCAAAAUCAACCUGCUUUUAACGUGUUUUGUAUAUCAUCACUUGUUUCUCUUUGCUUCUCAGUCAUGGCCUUGGUGUUUUUCUUAGCUAUCCUCACAUCUCAAUUCGAACACAGAGAUUUCGAGAAAGACUUACCAACAAAGUUGCUCAUUGCAUUAACUUCGCUUUUUGCAUCAAUAUCUGCUAUCUUGGUCUCAUUCUGUGCUGCGCAUUUCUUUGUCCUCGGGGAUAAAUUCAAGAAUGCGGCAUUGCCAAUAUACGGGGUAACAUGCAUACCUGUGGUGUUUUUUGCAUUUAAUCAAUUCCCUCUCUAUGUUAAUCUCAUAAGAUCAUCCCAAAAGGUACCAAUUCGUAGCUGUGAAAGAUUUAAGUUUUAUGUCUAUUCUUUAGUAGCAAGUAGCUCAGAUCAAGAAAGGAGGUAAAGAUAAGAAUGAUUGAAACAGGUGGAGAUUAUGACAAGAGUAGAGCAUUGCACGGUUUCCUACUUUAGUUUCCGAAUAAGGCUGGGUUGUUUUGUGUCAAAAAUGAUGAAUUCCAAGCAGCAUUUGCCUUCGUCGAGAGAAGGCGAGCUGGAGAUAUCAUUUUUCCAUGUAUCCUGAAUAAACUUACACUUCUGUAAGAGUUGCAUGUGAUUUCAGAUACCUUGUUUUCUGGAAUAAAGCUAGUUUAGUGGGGUGCUAAAUGUUGUUUGAUCCCCGAAUUCAUGUGAACUUAAGGGAGUCUUAGGGAACUUGUCAUAGCUAGAUAGCACGAAAAAUGUAUUAUCCUAUUUGUAAUCCCAUUGAACAAAGAAAAGUUCAGCUUU